UGGUAAGGGGCGAGUUCUAAUUCGAUUCUACAUUUCACAUCAGAGAGCCUCGGGUGACUUUGACAAUUACCUUCCUGGGAGGGACAGUGGAGAAGGAACACUAUCGGGGCUCCAGGUUAGUGCUGGGGACAGUGGCUGGGAGGAAGUGGGCGUGGCGAUUUUUCCCGACUUCCUUGUUUGGAGUAAACUUUGGCAACAUCUGAUGGCUAAGGGGUUUGCUUUUCCAUCUGUUGAUGUGCUUUCUGGAAGCUCCCCGGUCUGCCAGAGAAAACAUAUCCAGAAGACGCACGACGCCAAUCCAGCCAUUCCCUUGGGUCCCCAAAUCCCCCCAGCCACCAGAGACGGAAGGAGAAGCUGAAGUGGAAAACAGACGUGCCCGGGGCGCGCGGACCCCGCGGCUGGCAGAAAGUAGCGUGGCCAGGCAGGGAUCUCCGCGCCCACCCGUCAGCCCCGUCCACGCGCUCGAGCGCGCGUCCCCCCUUCCUGACACUCCUCUUGCCGCCUCUGGAGCUUGGAGAUGGGGCAGUCGCGACGGCUCCUGCCUCCGCCGAGCUCCUAGCCCUUUAGCUGUUGACGUUGGGUCCCCGCGCUUGUCUCCAGGCACUCAGCUGCCAGCGCGCGGCGGGGCUGAGGGUGACAGCGCGGCGCGGCCGGAGCAGGAUUCGCCGCCGAGCCCCGGGCUGCUCACUCAGCCGUGGUGGAGGAGGGGACCACGGACGCCGCUGGUUGAGCUGCGAGGUCCCUGCCCGGCCGGCCGAGCCAUGACGGACGCCAGCAACAGGAAGGAGGGCUUCAAAAAAUGCCGGAGCGCCACUUUCAGCAUCGAUGGCUACAGCUUCACCAUCGUUGCAAAUGAAGCUGGAGACAAGAAUGCCAGACCACUGGCCCGCUUCUCGCGGUCUAAGUCACAGAACUGUCUGUGGAACUCCCUCAUCGACGGGCUCACAGGGAAUGUCAAGGAGAAGCCACGGCCAACAAUUGUCCAUGACCCUCGACCCCCAGAAGAAAUCCUAGCUGAUGAAUUGCCACAGCUGGAUAGCCCAGAAGUCUUGGUGAAGACAUCCUUCAGAUUACGAUCUUUGGUCAAACAAUUAGAGAGAGGGGAAGCUUCAGUGGUAGAUCUUAAGAAGAAUUUGGAAUAUGCAGCCACAGUGCUUGAAUCUGUGUAUAUUGAUGAAACAAGGAGACUCCUGGAUACAGAGGAUGAGCUCAGUGACAUUCAGUCAGAUGCUGUGCCUUCUGAGGUCCGAGACUGGCUGGCCUCCACCUUCACACGGCAGAUGGGGAUGAUGCUCAGGAGGAGCGAGGAGAAGCCCCGGUUCAAGAGCAUCGUUCACGCGGUGCAGGCUGGGAUAUUUGUGGAGAGAAUGUAUAGACGGACAUCAAACAUGGUUGGACUGAGCUAUCCACCAGCUGUUAUUGAGGUAUUAAAGGAUGUGGACAAGUGGUCCUUUGAUGUCUUUUCCCUGAAUGAGGCCAGUGGAGAUCAUGCACUGAAAUUUAUUUUCUAUGAACUACUCACACGCUAUGAUCUGAUCAGCCGUUUCAAGAUCCCCAUUUCUGCACUUGUCUCAUUUGUGGAGGCCCUGGAAGUGGGAUACAGCAAGCACAAAAAUCCUUACCAUAACUUAAUGCACGCUGCCGAUGUUACACAGACAGUGCAUUACCUCCUCUAUAAGACAGGAGUGGCGAACUGGCUGACGGAGCUGGAGAUCUUUGCUAUAAUCUUCUCAGCUGCCAUCCAUGACUACGAGCAUACCGGAACCACCAACAAUUUCCACAUUCAGACUCGGUCUGAUCCAGCAAUUCUGUACAAUGACAGAUCUGUACUGGAGAAUCACCAUUUAAGUGCAGCUUAUCGCCUUCUGCAAGAUGACGAGGAAAUGAAUAUUUUGAUUAACCUGUCAAAGGAUGACUGGAGGGAGUUUCGAACCUUGGUAAUUGAAAUGGUGAUGGCCACGGAUAUGUCUUGUCACUUCCAACAAAUCAAAGCAAUGAAGACUGCUCUGCAGCAGCCAGAAGCCAUUGAAAAGCCAAAAGCCUUAUCCCUUAUGCUGCAUACGGCAGAUAUUAGCCAUCCAGCAAAAGCGUGGGACCUCCAUCAUCGCUGGACAAUGUCACUCCUGGAGGAGUUCUUCAGACAGGGUGACAGAGAAGCAGAACUGGGGCUGCCUUUUUCUCCUCUGUGUGACCGAAAGUCCACUAUGGUUGCUCAGUCACAAGUAGGUUUCAUUGAUUUCAUCGUGGAACCCACCUUCACUGUGCUUACGGACAUGACCGAGAAGAUUGUGAGUCCAUUAAUUGAUGAAACCUCUCAAACUGUCGGGACAGGACAGAGACGUUCAAGUUUGAAUAGCAUCAGCUCAUCAGAUGCCAAGCGAUCAGGUGUCAAGAGCUCUGGUUCGGAGGGAAGUGCCCCAAUCAACAGUUCUGUCAUUCCCAUGGACUAUAAGAGCUUUAAAGCUACUUGGACCGAGGUGGUGCACAUCAAUCGGGAGAGAUGGAGGGCCAAGGUACCCAAAGAGGAGAAGGCCAAGAAGGAAGCAGAGGAAAAGGCUCGCCUGGCCGCAGAGGAGCAGCAAAAGGAAAUGGAAGCCAGAAGCCAGGCUGAAGAAGGCGCAUCUGGCAAAUCUGAGAAAAAGACGUCUGGAGAAGCUAAGAAUCAAGUCGGUGGAACACAGAUGAACAAAAGUGACAUCCCUCGUGGGAAAAAUUCCAAAGCUGAGAAGUCGUUAGAACAGCAACAGAAUGGUGACUUGAAAGAUGGUAAAAAUAAGACAGACAAGAAGGAUCACUCUAACAUCGGAAAUGAUUCAAAGAAAACAGAUGAUUCAGAAGAGUAAAAAAGACCUCAUAGACAAUAAAAGAGGCUGCCAAUGUCUUGCAUCAUUCUAGCUGAGCUUCUUCAUUCUCCUUCUUCUCCUUCUUCCACAAAGACCCAUAUCUGGAGAAGGUGUACAACUUUCACACACAAGUCCCCACCCCCGACCCUUGGCCUUCUUUCACACCAUCUCCUCCCAGGGGAUGACUCUUUGGGGGUUGGUUUGAGGUCUUAGAACUCUGGGGGACAUUCCCCUGAGCAAACCAAACAACUUGAGAUUUUUACUCAAACAGAAACAAAACAUGAAGGGACAUCCUCAAAAUCCUUUGCUAAUGACCUGGCUUUCAAGGCACCUGUCUGGCCUGAUGAAAAUGGACAUCCUGGAUAUGCUGGGAGAGGCCUGAAAAAAGCCACACACACAGUAAUUGCCAUUUUAUGACUGUCAAUGCCAUUACUUUAAAUGUUGUCAUUUUUGCACUGGCUACUGACGAUACCACCAUGCUGACAUUCAUCACAGCAAAGAUGAUGAUUCCAGUCUCUGGUUCCUUUCCUGUCAGGAACAUUUGUUUUCUCCAGUUUCCUUUCAGACCUAAAAUUGUUCUUAUGCUUUCUUUCCCAUUUGUAUAAUACAGAAUUCUGUUUGUUUUCUAAAAAAAAGAUUAUUCCAUAGGAAUCUUUAUUUGAUGGCUAAUUUAUUGCAUCUGUUCAUUCAUUAGUAUAAACCUGAAUGUUUAGCUGAUGACCAUACUGUUGAGUGGGAACCCAUUGUUUUCACUGGUAGCAUCCAUAACUAAGUGGUUACUGAAAUUUUUACCACUGACUGGCCAUCUUCUUUUGGAUAUCUGUAGUUUCACUUCAUCACUCUUCUUUUUAUUCAGUAAAGUGCUAAGGGAAUUAGUAUCAGGGAGAUAUAGCAGAUAAUUCUUUGCAUUUUAGUGAGUUUUUAAAAAUGCAAGAUAGAAGUGGAUUAAUAGCAUGAAUCAAAAAUAAGAAUAGUAGAUGUAGCAUGGAAAGAGAAUAACAUUGCAGCCCCCUUGAGAUCAAAUUACAGGUGGGAUCUAAGGGAGUGCCAGUAAAGUGUGAUUUUAUGAGUCUGAUGUGAUUUAGAUAAAAGUGAUUCUUAAAAUGUGGUUGUUGGUCACAAAGGAAUCUCUGUGUCCUUCUCAAGAGUAAAGCACAUGAAUAUGCUGGUGAUAAAGUGGGGAUUAGUACUAGAAAGAAAGAGAGCUAGGCAAUAGGUUUAAGUGUAUUCCCCACUACAGAUUUAAUUUAUACAUGAAAAAGCACGAGAACAGACAUUUAAACAUCCUUUUAUUACUAAGAUGAAAUAUUGGCAUUUUUUCAGGCAGAAAGAAAGAGACUGUAUGUGGUCUUCCAGGACCUUUGCCUUGCCAAAAUGUUCCCCAACAGAAAGAUUUGAAGAACUUUGUAGUAGAGAAUACACAACAGCAUGCUGAUGUUUGAACAGAUUUCUUCUGUCAACUUUACAUUUUGCCUUGGAGAAACACUUAGAUUUUUCUGUUGUGCUCCCUGUGUUCAUAACAAUGACCUCACCACAUAACGUGGCCACAAAUUCAAAUGACUUCAGGGGUCUAGCAGGUCACGUAAAUGAAUAAAGCAAGCCAUGUAAUAUCACAGUCAUUGUGGUAAAUGGCAAUUCAUGGAGGGCCUUUGUAUCAGUAAGAGAAGAAGCAGCAAUGGGGACUGAGAGAAAUUGGGGAGGGUGGGUACUGUCAAAACAGGGUAGUUGGUAGUCAGCUACUGAAUUUGAGCUGUGUGGGGAUGGGGGUCCUAGAUACCUAGGAUUUGAUAUAAGCUCUCUCCAAAUUUUUACAUAUUGACAACUCAAAAACUUAUACUGUGCUAAUCAAAUGAAACCUGCCUGUGAACUGCAUUCAAUCCAUGGGACAUCGGUUUGCAAACGAUGUGCUUAGAGGUGGUAUGAUUUUGUAUUGAAAUUAAAUAUAACAAAGAGUAUUUUGACCUUGGAACCUGGACCUUUUACCUCAUUUAUAUUCUGUAUUUUUGUAUGUGGAGCUUUUUGGCCAGUCAAAAUAGAAAGUCUACAGCUUCCAUUUUAUAAUCUAACAAGCAACAAGAAA